CCAACAUCUUGUCAACAAGGCAAGAGCAAACAGUCGCCCACCAUGCCUAGCAUGUUCCACUCCCGCGUCACCAUCGAGGCAGGUGACCUCGUCAUUAUCUUCAUGUCUCGCGACAACAUGACCGCCAUCACCGUCACCCCAGGAGAGUUCUUCCACAACAAGUUUGGACGGUACAGCCACGACGAGAUGAUUGGCGUCAAGUUUGGCUCCAAGUUGCACUCGCCCCCUCCCCAGUCUGGUUACAUCCACCUCCUCCGCCCCACCCCCGAGCUCUGGACACUCUCGCUGCCGCACCGAACGCAGAUCUUGUAUAUGCCUGACAUCGCCUACAUCAUCCAGCGCCUCUGCGUGCGUGUGGGUGGCAAGGUGAUCGAGGCCGGAACCGGAAGUGGAAGUAUGACCCACAGCUUGUCUCGAGCUGUCGGUAAGCGGGGCCUGGUCAACAGCUUCGAGUACCACAAGACGAGGUUUGAGAAGGCAGGCGAGGAGUUCACUGAGCACGGCCUCACCAAUGUCCACCUGCAGCACCGUAAUGUCUGCAAGGAUGGCUUCAACGAGGUGAAGGACGUCGAAGCGAUCUUCCUCGACUUGCCAGCACCCUGGGAGGCGAUCCCUCAUGCCGUCGACGCGUUGAAUCCCAACCUCGUCACCAGGAUCUGCUGCUUCAGCCCCUGUAUUGAGCAGGUAACUAAGACUGCGUCUGCUCUCCGCGACUACGGUUUCUCAGACGUCGCCACCCAGGAGGUGCUUAUCCGCACGUACGACCUGGUGCCCCCUCCUCCUCAAAACUCGCACCACCUGGAGGACGUGUCGCAGAUCACUCAGCGGUUGAGAGACCACGAGAAGCGGAAAGAGGAGAGGCGCGUGACCCAGAUGCGCAACGCCCGUGAGAAGGCGCGCAUCCUCAAGGAGCAGCAGGCCAAGGAGGAGGCUGAGGCGCGGGGAGAGACCGAGGGCGAGAGCAAGGAGGUCGAUAUGGCGGAGGACGGCACCGCUUCGCGUGACAAGCGCAAGCCAUCAGACGAGCCGUCUGACGAGAAGGAGUCAUCAAAGAAGCCUCGUACCGAGGGUCCUGAAGCCACGACUUCGGAAGAUCUGGUCGCCGAUACCGAGGACCCGACCGAGCCAACUCCGACGACCAUUUACGACGAGCCUUCUGUUGCGUGGAACUCGAUGGUUCUCAUCAAGCCGUCACCUGAGAUGCGUGGCCACACGUCAUACCUGACGUUUGCGACCUUGUAUCCGGCUGCCAUCCGAGCCCAGCUCGCCGCACAGGACGAGGCGACGUUGCGCGUCCCGGCGUCAACCACACGUGUUGGCAGGGUCGGAGAGCUAGCCGCCAAGGCCGACGUGUCCGCCGCUGACCCGGAACCGACAGAGGUGUCCGAAUAUGGAGCACCGAGCUUUGAUGCUGCACUGGGUGAGGUGCCCGAGGAGGAGUUGCUUCCAUCCACGGGGCCCUAGUUCUGGUUGCCGUGUGUAGUAGUGUAUGGGGCUGCAGAGGGGAUGCAUGUGUG